CACAAAACCCAGCCAACCAACAAAGAAGAUACAUCAAAAUAAUCUACCAUGCUUUCUACUAAUACUUAUUCCCUUCCGACCACCAUUUUCUUAGUGCUAACCUUUCUCUUCCCUUCAGAAGCUCAAUUGAAUGCAACCUUCUAUUCUAGCACAUGCCCCAAUGUGUCUUCUAUCGUGAGCAAUGCUGUUCAGCAGGCUCUGCAAUCUGAUUCCCGAAUUGGUGCAAGCCUCAUUCGCCUCCACUUUCAUGAUUGUUUUGUCAAUGGGUGUGAUGCGUCCAUAUUGUUAGACCAGGGUGGUAACAUCACACAAAGUGAGAAAAAUGCAGUUCCUAACUUCAAUUCCGUUCGGGGCUUUGAUAUUGUUGAUAACAUCAAGAGCUCCCUCGAAAGCUCUUGCCCUGGAGUCGUAUCUUGUGCUGAUAUUCUUGCACUUGCAGCAGAAUCUUCUGUGUCCUUGUCAGGAGGUCCUUCAUGGAACGUACUACUCGGAAGAAGGGAUGGUCUAACUGCAAACCAAGCUGGUGCCAAUAGCUCCCUUCCUUCUCCAUUUGAGAGCCUAGCCAAUGUCUCAUCCAAAUUCUCUGCGGUUGGCCUAGACACAACCGAUCUUGUUGCAUUAUCUGGUGCACACACUUUUGGUCGUUCCCAAUGUCAAUUUUUCUCCCAAAGGUUGUUCAACUUCAGCGGCACAGGAAGUCCUGAUCCAACCCUAAACUCAACCUAUUUGGCCACUCUGCAGCAAAAUUGUCCCCAAAACGGAAAUGGGUCUACAUUGAACAAUCUUGAUCCUUCAACCCCUGACACUUUUGACAACAACUAUUUCACCAAUCUUCUCAUCAACCAAGGUCUUCUUCAAACAGAUCAAGAACUCUUCUCUACGAAUGGCUCUUCCACAAUCUCCAUUGUUAACAACUUUGCCAACAACCAAUCAGCCUUCUUCGAAGCAUUUGCUCAGUCGAUGAUCAACAUGGGUAACAUCAGCCCUUUGACUGGAACUCAAGGAGAAAUCAGAACAGAUUGUAAGAAAGUGAAUGGAAGUUAAAGAGAAAGAGAGAGCAAGACAAUCAACGAGAAGUUGUAGAAUCUUAAUGCGUAUAUAAGUUUUUAUUUUGCAUUUGUGUAUGUCUGUGUGGCUAAGAAAUGGUUAAGAAAUUGAUAUAGUUUAAUAUUUGCAUGUGUACUUGAGAGGGCAUAAAAUAUAGUUUUGUUUUUGCCCUUCUGUAUCUACAGAUUGGUUGGGAAAUUAUUAUGCUUUCUAGGUGUUGUAUUCCUCUCUUGUUUCCUUGGAAAAUAGUGUUAUAUUUGAAGUAUAUAUUCCUUAAUAAAUAAAUAUUUCCACAUCUAUUUUAGUGUUUCA